GCGACUUUGGGGCCUGCGGGCGGCGCAGGGACCCGGGACUCUUAUUUUGAAGGGCGGCCCCCUCCACCACCCCCGUGAUUUGCACGCUGACCCAAUGGCAAGCCCUUGGCUGGCGCUGGGCUUGUUAUCAAUUACAUGUUGUUCCUGCAGCCGCUGUGUCCCCGGGAGGAUAAACAGCAGGCCUGGCCCGGCCAGGGGAGGGGGCGGAGUCCGGCGGCCAGCCGGGGACUGUGCCCGGAACAGCGUGUCCCCUCCCCCUGCAUGCAGUCUGCGCCUCUGGCCGCCCCACGUGCUCCUGUGUUUUAGGGGUUGAGCCGGCUCCAGCCCUAGGGUGUCCUCUCUUUGAUGUCGGUGCCCUGAGCCAUCCCAGAACCCUUUCUGGGUUCUCAGUGCCUGGGUGCGUCCCCUUGAGAUGCUCAUCUCAGCAUUAAGACCCUGUUGCCUGACCUGGGCCACCCACUCCUAGACUCCGCCCCCACCCCCACCCCCGGGGACCUUCCAUUCACUCAUUCAGCAAAUUCUGCUGGGCCCUGUUUUAGACUCUGGGAGACAGCCUUGGAGUGAACAGUCGUCCGGUGGUAAGGUAGACAGGAAGCAAAGUUCACAAACACAUAACCAAGAUAAUUUCCCACAGUGGGACCUGCAGGGAAGAGUGUAAUAUAGGGUGAUGUAACGAACGGGGAGGCCAGGAGGCUCCCACAGGGGUGAAUUCUGAGCCUAGACCUAACUAAGCAGCUCCUACCUGCAGUGCUGGGGGAAGAGCCAGGGCAGGGGCCCCCAGUUGAGGCUGAAGUGAGGUGAGCACACCUGGACUAGGAGAGGGGCAGUUGGUGGUGAGGUCUGUGAAGAGUGAGGAGGGCCAAGUACCCGGGUGCUGCCAGGAGAUAGGGCCACCCAUCCUUAGGAAGCCAUUGGAGGGCGUUUCCUUCUAGCCCUUCUACUGUACUUUUUAGAUCACUUUAUCUGUCAAUAUCUAUGUCUUUAAAAGGCAAGGCUUCUUUUAACCACAAUACCAUUAUCACAAUUAAAAAUAUUAACAGUAAUUACUUAAUAUCAUGGGAUGGCCAGUUAGUGAUUGUGUUUCAGGGGAGGGCUCUAAGGCCUGCUCUGGGUCCCAGGAGGGUUGAAGGCCCCCUAUUUCUUAACAUCACAGUAGAGGGGCAGAGACAACACACUUGCGGUACCUGCAGGCUGACACCAUUGGCUGGCACUGGAUGAGUGCUGCCAGUGUGCCAGACCCGGAGGGGGGUGCUUAGCAAGCGUCAGCUCAUGGGGUUCUCACAACACCUGAGGAACCAGGCAUUGUUGGAAGCACCCCUAUCUCACAGACUGAGACAGGCAUGGGAAGGCUGUGCACCUGCCCAAAGUCACCUGGAAGACAAACUGUAGACUCAGGAACAGAGCCCCUGCUUGGAGGGUCGGAAAGGUUUGGGGGAGGCCCAGGGUGGAGUGUGGGCUCUGCCCGCCUUGUGCCCUUCACAGUGUCUGGCACUUUCAUUCCUUCCCAGCACCUGAUUUUGUGAAUAGGUGCAUUUUAAAACACAUUCCAGGUUUAAAUCCUUAGCUGAGUAUUUAAACCAAAAAGCCAAAUGUCCUCCUAGCAAAACUGGCCUGGGGCACAGACCUUGCCUUAGUUUCCUGGAGUUCCAUGAAGCUUCCUGGGUAAGUUGGGAACUGAGGUCAAAGGUCCUGGGGUCCCUGAGCAGGAAGAGACUUAGAGAUCUUUGAAGCAUGGGACAGAACUGAGGUUUGGGAAGUGGAGCAAGGACUUGCCCAAGGUCAUAGCUGAUUGUGGUAUUGGCCACUGGGCAGUGCUCAGUGCCAGGCCCUGAAGGGUCUGGGAGACAGAGGGGCUGGGUGUGGAGAUGAUGCUGGGCAGCAGAGAACCUCUGACUUUGGUGCAGAACAUUCCCCUUCCCCAACCUUGAUAAACACCCAGCCCGCCGUGGUCAUUGAGCAGGGGCAAAGGUUCACAGAAGUGGCCUGGUCAGAGCUGGACACUAUUGACUCUCCUUGGACACCAGAUCUAGCAUGUCCUUUGACUUCAGAGGACGCAGCUUUCCCUUCUCUUCUCUAUCAAAGUUCUCUUGAGCCCUUCCUGGGCACUAGGGGCCAGUCCAGGCACUGGGAACACAGCAGAGACAUGGAGUGCACUGUCUCAGGGGGAGACAGGCAUUAGCUGAGCCUUCUCAAGGUGGUGAGUGUCCCAAAUGGAGACAGCAGUGGCAGAGAGUGCAGGGGACUCCACUUCCUUAUUGGCCAGAAAGGGCUGGGUGGAGGGGGCGGCGGUUAUCUCCUCUCCUACUAGAUGGGUGUGAAAUCCAAAGCAGUUAUGCACUUGCAGGUGCUCUGGGCCCUUGGUGGUCGGCUGGGUUAUCACCAGAGGGGCAGGGCCUUGGCCACUAGGGUGCUAAAGCAUCAGGGUGCAGUGAGAGGGUUGCGUUCAAGCUUGUGCCACUCACAGGGCACUUGGCUCUGCGGGGUUUGAGGACUGGAGAGUAGAGGAGCUUUUCCCCAUCAGGGGGGGAAACAGCCAUGUGGGCAGGGGCUUCUUGGUCUUUGACUGUUUUACCUCUGUUCUACACUUGCCCGGUUAAAAUGCAGGCAGCCUAGUUAAAUUUGAACCUCAAGGUGAAAUAGUUUUUAAAUGUAAGUAUGUCCUAUCCAAUAUUGGGAUAUAAUAUAAUACUUAUAUUAAAAGUAGUUUAUUUUUUAAAUCUGAAAUUCAAGUUUAACUGGCGACUUGUAUUUUUAUUUGCGUAAUCUGGCCUCUGGAAGCCCCAGCAACAUGAGGGUCAGAGGGCAAAUGGCUGUUCUACCCCCAUUCUGUGACUCAACAGGCGUGAAGCUGAGGUCAGGAGUCCUCAGAUGCACAGUGAUGCCUAUGGUGUUGGCGGCGGACUGAUUCUGGGCCUUGGCCCUCCUGGGGUCCAGAGAGCCCCCAUGUGCACAUCCUUCUCUUAUACUCACCCACGCUCAGUUGUUCACAGACACGUGCUAUUUUCCAUGAUAAUUCUGGAAAAUCUGUUUGAAACCAGAAGUGCCUCUGGUUGUGCAAUGGGAUUGGAGAGGUCUCUUUUGCAAACAGGUGGUGCAAUUUCAGAAAACACUCUUGCAGGCACAGCUCUCCUGGGGGAUGGAGGCAGGAUCCAGGCAUUUGGCAGUGGGAGGCUGUGGGCAGGCAGCUGAGGGUGGGGUCGGAGGCCUGCGAGGUGGCAGGUGAGCACUGUCCUGACUAGGCCUCCUGUGUUCCUUCCUUAUAGCCGGCACCGGCACGGCCAGGCCAGCAUGGUGGACCACUUGCUUCCAGUGGACGAGAACUUCUCGUCGCCAAAAUGCUCAGUUGGUUAUCUGAGUGAUAGGCUGGUCAGCCAGCGGGCAUAUCACAUGCUGCCCUCACCCCUCUCCGAAGACGACAGUGAUGCCUCCAGCCCCUGCUCCUGUGCCAGUCCCGACUCUCAAGCCCUCUGCUCCUGCUAUUGUGGAGGCCCGGGCACCAAGAGCCAGGACAGCAUCUUGGACUUCCUACUGUCCCAGGCCACGCUGGGCAGUGGCGGGGGCAGCGGUGCCAGCAGUGGCCCAAUGGCCUGGGGGCCGUGGCGAAGGGCAGCGACCCCUGUGAAGGGGGAGCAUUUCUGCUUCCCCGAGUUUCCUUUGGGUGACCCUGAUGACGUCCCAAGGCCCUUCCAGCCUACCCUGGAGGAGAUUGAAGAGUUUCUGGAGGAGAACAUGGAGCCAGGAGUCAAAGAGGCCCCAGAAGGCAACAACAAGGACUUGGAUGCCUGCAGCCAGCUCUCGGCUGGGCCACACAGGAGCCACCUCCAUCCUGGGUCCAGCGGGAGAGAGCGCUGUUCCCCUCCACCAGGUGGUGCCAGUACAGGAGGUGCCCAGGGCCCAGGUGUUGGCCCCACACCUGAUGGCCCCAUCCCAGUCCUGCUGCAGAUCCAGCCUGUGCCUGUGAAGCAGGAAUCGGGCAUGGGGCCGGCUUCCCCUGGGCAAGCCCCGGAGAAUGUCAAGGUUGCCCAGCUCCUGGUCAACAUCCAGGGGCAGACCUUCGCGCUUGUGCCCCAGGUGGUGCCCUCCUCCAACUUGAACCUGCCCUCCAAGUUUGUGCGCAUUGCCCCUGUGCCCAUUGCUGCCAAGCCUGUCGGGUCAGGACCCCUGGGGCCUGGCCCUGCCGGUCUCCUUGUGGGCCAGAAGUUCCCCAAGAACCCAGCCGCAGAACUCAUCAAAAUGCACAAAUGUACUUUCCCUGGCUGCAGCAAGAUGUACACCAAAAGCAGCCACCUCAAGGCCCACCUGCGCCGGCACACGGGCGAGAAGCCCUUCGCCUGCACCUGGCCGGGCUGCGGCUGGAGGUUCUCACGCUCUGACGAGCUGUCGCGGCACAGGCGCUCGCACUCGGGCGUGAAGCCGUACCAGUGUCCCGUGUGCGAGAAGAAGUUCGCGCGGAGCGACCACCUCUCCAAGCACAUCAAGGUGCACCGCUUCCCGCGGAGCAGCCGCUCCGUGCGCUCUGUGAACUGAAAAUGCCCCACAUCCCCGCCUGUCCCUCACCCCAGAUCCCCACCCCAGCCACAUUUUUUUUAAGCAAUAAUUUAUUUGCCUCCUCCAGAGGAACAUGACAAUGUUACCAGCCCACCUUCUGAAGCCUGGGAGGUGUGAACCCAGGGCCCGCCAACCGCUGCCUUUCUUGGGAGGACUUAGAGCCUCGCACCCGCGUCCCUGGGGGCUGGGCCCUGGCACACGGGGCUGGAGGCAGGCCUUUGUGCCUUUGUGCCUUCGUGCCUUUCGGCGGUGGCCAGGCCUCUGCUGCAGCCACUGGUUGCAGGCAGAGUUUUGGGGACCUGGCCCUUCUCCCACUGGGCUCCCCACCUGGGCCACGGCCAGAACUUUAGUGCUUGGGGAAGUGAAAUGUGCAGUUAUGAAAUGUUUGGUUCCCAGAGAGAGUCACGCUGGGGGAAGAGGAAGUAGGCCAGAAGUCUAGGGCUGUACUGUGGUGUGAGGGUGGCUUUGUCCAAGGUGCCGGCUCAGCAUGAUCACCAGAGAGUGUGGGCAGAGCCCAGGAGGGGCAGGGCAGUACCAGGCGGCUGGGGCCUCAUGCAGGAGAGAGGUGAAAAGUGUCCCCCACUGAGGGGCUGGCAGUGCAUGUGCUUGAGUUAAAUGUGCAGGGCAGACAGAGCCAGAAGCGCCUGUAUCCAGGGACAUGUCCCCUCCUCCAGUUCCCAGACAAAUCCAGACACCAGCCUCUAGGGUGGCCUUGGGAGGAGAGGGCCAGGCUGUCCUGGGUGUGAGAGAACUAGAUAGAGCCUCCCAACCCUGAUUUAGAAAUGCAUUCCUUAUUUUGUCUAGAAAUUAAUAAAUGAACUAGCUUGUUUUGACAGGUUUAUUUCACAUCCUAUGAAUGUAUGUAAAUAAACUGUACAUAGGUCCAUCCACAUAAAGUAUCUUUUAAUAACAUAUCAACAUUUGUGUAAAUUUGAAAUUAAAAAAAAUCUAUGAAGCUGGUGUACAUAUGUUACAAUUAUGUAUAUUUUCUUUGGUCCUUCAUAAAAAUAUAUUUACUUUGCCAAUAAAAAGAAAAAGAACUCACA